CCCCACCUCACGGCCCCUCAACCCCCUGCCCAAGAUGAUUCCAGCAGUGAUCUUGCUCUUACUCCUUUUGGUUGAACAAGCAGCGGCACUGGGAGAGCCUCAGCUCUGCUAUAUCCUGGAUGCUAUCCUGUUUUUGUAUGGUAUUGUCCUCACCCUGCUCUACUGUCGCCUCAAGAUCCAAGUGCGAAAGGCAGCUAUAGCCAGCUAUGAGAAAUCAGAUGGUGUUUACACGGGCCUGAGCACCCAGAACCAGGAGACUUAUGAGACUCUGAAGCAUGAGAAACCAGCACAGUAGCUUUAGAAGAGUUGCCUGUGGUCACAUCCUUCUUUGGCUUCCAGUUCUCACAGCCCUCAUGGUUGAUUGACAUUACAUAUGCUUCCAUGCUGUUAAUGCCAGCUGACCCUACCCCUGUAAUGAUGCUAUGAACCAAAUUAAAGUACACCAGUGUUGCUCCUUCCUGUCAAGGACUAAUGCUCAGAUGCUGUUCAUUGAUGUUUAUGUUCUAGUCUCACUCUCUCACCCAUCCUUCUCUUCCCCAUCCUGAACUCCUGUUCAACAAUGGGAAGGGAGUAUACCCAAUAAA